AUGGAAAAGCUUGAAGCAAAAGAUCGUGAACGACGGGCAUCUGAGCUAGCAGAACUUCAGUCACUGGAACAGAAGUUUUUGUCUGCACAGCAGUGGAGAAGAGAUUGUAGAGCACAAGCAAAAUGGGAGCAGUAUCUCAGUUGUGAUGAAAGUCCUGACCCCACUGUACUGCAGGACAUAAACACUUUCAUGAGUUUGUGGCGUGAAGAUCAAAAUGAGGACGUUCAGCUUGUGAUGGAGAAGGGAGAACAGGUACUGAAGUUAAUUGAGAAGCUGCAGUUUCUUUUAUUGGACACACCACCAAAUGAAAUAACAGAAAAAGAAAGAGUCCAGUACCAGGAAUCUAUUCUGGAACUGCAGACCCUGCUUCAUCAGAAGUAUGAUGGAGCAACAGAACGCCUGCUGAAAACAGCUAAUAUGUAUAAAGACUCUGAAACUGGAAAUAUGCAGGUAGUCAUAAAGGAUAAAAAUGUUACUUUCUGCAUCUGGGCCAAUCUGAAGAAGCUGCCAAGGUUCAAAACUCACAUGUUUUAUGAUGCACAGCAUGGAUUUGACCUUCCAAAGUCACUGGCUCUGAGCAGCGUUGCUGUUCGCAUAUUGCACACUCGUUACGAUCACGUCUCUCCCCUCUGGCUGCAGUGUCAGACUGUGCCAACACUGGAGGUCUUAGAUAGCAAAGAAUUUACUCAGCGUUCAGAAUGCAAUGUAAAAGAACCAGAAGAAAAGGAAAAGACAGCCAGAGAAGAGCCCAGCAUGCCCGCUGAGGAAGAAAAGUGUUCUGAUGGCAGAAAGAGUCCUGUCUCAUUUAAAGAAAACAGCAAUAGUAUAGCUGAUAUAAAUGGUACAGAGGAGGAAACUGAGAAGAAAUCAGAAAUCUUGGACCUAUCACAAGUGGUUGCAGAGCCACUGAUGCAUGAAGAGAUGAAUGAAAGAGAAGAGGCCAUAACUGAUGAGAAGGUUGUUGAUUUGGAGCAGCUUGUCCCCGUGGGGGGGGUGUACCACAUCCACGCCCUGCAGCUGCCGCCACAGGUCAAGCAAAUCAAGGACUGGAGCAUGGUGGAGUUACUUGAUGUUGGGUUGGCAGCAUACCCCUAUCCCCCAGAAGGGGCUGAAGAUGCCACACAGCCACCAGUACAGAUAACCCUUGGGCUCUCUGACAACGUGAUGUAUUUUAAGAAUCCUGUGGUAGCCCGAUGGAAUCCUGCAGGCCAGUACUGGAGAACUGAUGGCAUCAGCAAUGUAACCUAUGACAGGCAGGAGAAGAGUGUCACCUUUGAGAUGGGCACCUUCUGUACAGUUACACUGCUCCAGGAUGCCCACCUCCACCUGCCCUACCAGGCAUGGGAGCUGCGGCCCACUGGUGUGGAUGAGGCACUACUUGUACUUACCACAGUCUUUGCAACAAUUCAGAUAGAAAUUAAGGGUCACCAGUGCAUGUUGUCUGCAGUAGUGGUGGGAGAGGAGGAGGUGCUUUCCCACAUCACAGGGAAGUGGCUAAGUCCCAUUGACCUAAGAGCAGUUCUGAAACAGGCUGGUGUGAAUAUCUUCCCAGGAGAACAUUCUCACAAGUAUGUCUCUGUGAGCCAGAAGGCUCCCCUAGCAGAAGUUAGGGCCUAUCAGCAGAUGGCACUGGCUGCAUCUGCUUUUGCUUUUGCCUGGAGCAAGUGGAAUCUAGAAGCAGGUCAAGAGCAAGUAGUGUUCAAGGUAAGGGAACAUCUUAGAGCAGAUUCUGUCAACAACAAAGACUGGUCUCUUUACAUGUUUAAUGGUCAGAGAGCACAAAAGCUCAAGAUGACUGAAACCAGUGAAGCUUUUUCAACAGAGCUGGAAGAAGAUUCUGAAUUUCACUCCACACUGCACCAUAUGCUUAAGGACUUUGCCAGCCAAGAAGCAAUGGAUAAAGUGGAAGCAGCUACCUUCCUGUUUGUUGAUGUUGUGUAUCAGCUGCUCCUGGCCACAAGAGUUUUAACAUACUCUUGA